UUUUAAUUUGGCUUGGCUUUGCGUUGCUUGCUUCCUUGUUGCAUUGCAUUGCAUAUUUUUAGCUCGCUUCCUUGCAUUGCAUAUACCUACCUACCUAUAUAUAUUAUUCAUCUUGUUUUGAUUGUUGUUUGUUGGAAUUGUUUACUUUCAGUCCACUUCAAUCUUAAUUAUUCAUUUUAGCUUUAAAUGUAGCUCCAUUUCUAUCUAGGUUAAAUCCAAAACAAUACAAAUUUCCUAUCAAUGAUGCUCGGAUAUUCAAAUGUUGGCAUACCUGAUAAAUCUUGGCAACCACCGGUUGCAGUUAUAGAAACAACAAUGGGCACCAUAAUAGUAGAAAUGUAUUGGAAGCAUACACCUCUCACUUGUAGAAAUUUCAUGGAACUAGUCAGAAGGGGUUAUUACAACAACACAAAAUUUCACAGGGUUAUCAGAGACUUUAUGAUCCAAGGUGGAGAUCCGACAGGAACCGGCAAAGGUGGUCAGUCAAUAUAUGGGCCACAAUUUGAUGAUGAAAUCAUGUCAGAUUUAAAACAUACAGGGGCAGGUAUUCUGUCAAUGGCCAAUGCUGGUCCUGAUACGAAUGGCUCUCAGUUUUUCAUCACUUUAGCCCCAACUCAGUGGCUUGAUGGAAAGCACACAAUAUUUGGCAGGAUUCAAAGUGGAAUGUCUGUUGUCAAACGGAUAGGUUUAGUUGAGUGCGAUAAAAAUGACUGUCCAGUUGACGAUGUGAAAAUAGAGAGAGCAUAUAUACCAAAAUAAAAGUUCUGAAUAUAAGGAUACAUUUGUAAUUAUGAUUUAAUAAGUGAAAUAAAAUGAUACCAUAUA